CAGAGGAAGGAGUACCGUUUAGAUUGACUCAUGCUCAGAAAGGUAAAAACCCCAGAACAUGUUGUUGACACUGGCGAGUCGGAAACAACGUUGGACUUCUCCGUUUAAACAGCUCCUACUAAAUUCAUAUAUAUUCAACCAUUUUUAUUCUACUACAUCAAAUGACAUUACCGAGUCGCAACCGAGUCAAUCAACUCCACCACCGAUUCAAGUCUUACUUACUGAGUCAACUGGCCGAGGUGUGUUCGCAACUCGCAAAAUAGGAUCCGGCGAACUCAUUCACACUGCCCAACCAUUCGUUUGUCAUCCUUAUUUCAGCUCACUUCACACUGUUUGUUACUUUUGCCUCAAGAAACUGGCCAAUGGGGACAAUUCUGGUGUCAAUUUUUGCGGUGAUUCGUGUCGAAAACAAGCUAUGGGUUUCUGUGAAGUAGAAAACCAAGCAGAUUGGUCAGCAUUCGAUACUCAUUGUCGAACUCGCGGCUUAAAAUAUCCUCUGCUCGUAAGACGGUUGGCUUGCAUGGUUUUAUCAGGAGUUGCAUCGUCAAAUAGUUUGGAUAUACUUCAACCUGCCAUUCUGUCUCCUCAAAUGAUUGCUCUGAUGGAAGAGGAAUUCGGCUUGCUAAGAUGUGCUCUCUUAGAUGCAGAUUUGACAGGCGAAAAGAUGGCUUUCUUAACCAAGCAAUGGUACAUUGGUGUUCUGGCACGGAUACGUAUUAAUGCAUUCCGCAUUGAAUUGGUUGGUGGAUCAUAUGAAGAUCUUUUACUGUCAGCAUCAUCAUCAGUAAAUGCCGAAGCUGCUGUUGGCAGUGCCAUCUAUAUGCUUCCAUCCUUUUAUAAUCAUGAUUGUGAUCCUAAUGUACACAUUUUAUGGAUUGAAAAUGUAAAUGCAAGAGUGAAGGCUCUUCGUGACAUUGAAGAAGGAGAAGAACUACGCAUAUGUUAUAUUGAUGCUAGCAUGAAUUAUAAAGCCCGGCAAACUCUCCUGUCCGAAGGGUUUGGUUUUCAGUGCCACUGUCUUCGCUGUCUAUCCUACGAUUGAGGAAUGCUUGUUUUGUUGAUUUAGAUUUGCUUAAAAAGAGUGAUGAUCGUGGUUGACCGAAGGGUUGUAUUCUUUCCUUUACCAUCUUUAAGAGCAAGUCCAAUGGAGGUGUUAAAGUAGGUGCUAUUGCUAUAAUAUAGCACUCAAGCACAAAACUCAACUCCAAUGGGAUGCUAAACUUGAAUGUAAAAUAGCAAAAUGCUAUACUUGGUUCUAAAUAUAGAAUCAAGUAUAGAUGGUGCUAUAAUUGCCACAUAAGCAUGCAAGUGACAAAAUACAUUAAUAAAGUAAUAAUGACAAAUAUAGUUAUGUACUUUAAGAUCAUGUAAUGAGAAUAUAGCUUUAUUUGGAUA